GAGCUUCUUCUCAGAGACACGCGGCUGGCGACUGGGAGCAGAAACUAAAACCCCCAGACGCUGCCUGCCUGGUCUUCUGGGCUGGGCUUUCCCCGCCUUCCUCUUCUGUCUUACUCGCUCGUCUCCUGCGAUCGGGAUUUUACCCAGGGCUCAGGAGACCGCUUCACCUGCAGUGCUAAAGCUCACGUCCUUUGCAGGAAGUGCUCACCACCUGGUAUGGCAGACUUUUCUCCCCAGCAAAACUAAAGGACGCUUAUCUGUGAAGGUGAGCACCGCAGAGGUUUUGCACAUGAGACCUGAAGGAAGCCUUUGAUACAUUGCCUGUAGCAAGAAGAGGGGGCCACCAUGAAGGAAAAUAUGCCAUCUGCACUUGCUCUCAUCCUACUUUUUCUCAACAUCAGCCUUCUGAAUGGACAAUCACCACCCGGAAAACCAGAGAUUCACAAAUGCCGUUCCCCUGAUAAGGAAACAUUCACUUGCUGGUGGAAGCCCGGAACAGAUGGAGGACUUCCUACCAAUUACUCGCUGACUUACAGCAAAGAAGGAGAGAAAACCACCUAUGAAUGUCCAGACUACAAAACCAGUGGCCCCAACUCCUGUUUCUUUAGCAAGCAGUACACUUCCAUAUGGAAAAUAUAUGUCAUCACAGUAAAUGCUACUAACCAAAUGGGAAGCAGUGCCUCGGAUCCACUUUAUGUGGAUGUGACUUACAUAGUUGAGCCAGAGCCCCCACGGAACCUGACUUUAGAAGUGAAACAGCUAAAAGACAAAAAAAUGUAUUUGUGGAUAAAAUGGUCCCCGCCCAGCAUAACUGAUGUAAAAACUGGUUGGUUUACAAUGGAGUACGAAAUUCGAUUGAAGUCUGAAGAAGCAGAUGAGUGGGAGACCCAUUUUACAGGACAGCAAACACACUUUAAGGUUUUUGACUUAUAUCCAGGACAAAAGUAUUUUGUCCAGACUCGAUGCAAGCCAGACCAUGGAUACUGGAGUAGAUGGGGCCAAGAGAAUUCCAUUGAAAUACCCAAUGACUUCACCUUGAAAGAUACAACUGUGUGGAUCAUUGUGGCCAUUCUCUCUGCUGUCAUCUGUUUGAUUAUGGUCUGGGCAGUGGCUUUGAAGGGCUAUAGCAUGAUGACCUGCAUCUUUCCACCAGUUCCUGGGCCAAAAAUAAAAGGAUUUGAUACUCAUCUACUGGAGAAGGGCAAGUCUGAAGAACUGCUGAGUGCCUUGGGGUGCCAAGACUUUCCCCCAACUUCUGACUGUGAGGACUUGCUGGUGGAGUUUUUAGAAGUGGAUGCCAAUGAGGACGAUCGGCUAAUGCCAUCCCGUUCCAAAGAAUAUCCAGGGCAAGGGGUUAAGCCCUCACACCUAGAUCCUGACAGUGACUCUGGUCAUGGAAGCUAUGACAGCCAUUCUCUUUUGUCUGAAAAGUGUGAGGAGCCCCAGGCCUACCCCCCUACUUUCCACAUCCCUGAGAUCAUUGAGAAGCCAGAGAAUCCUGAGGCAAACAUUCCUCCCACCCAGAACCCCCAAAGCAACAUACCCUAUUUUCAUGCAGAUGUAUCCAAAUCUUCAACAUGGCCUUUACUGCCUGGCCAGCACAUGCCAAGAUCCCCUUACCACAGCAUUGCUGAUGUGUGCAAGCUAGCUGGAGGUCCUGUGAAUACAAUGGCCUCUUUCCUGGACAAAGCAGGAAAAAAUGUUCUGAAGUUUUCUAAAACCCUUGAGACUGGAGAGAAGGAAGAAGUGGCAUUGAAAGAGGAGAUGAAAAGCUUCCACUCUGAGACUAAACAAAACACAUCGUGGCCACUGCUCCAGGAGAAAGCCCCCACUGUCUAUACUAAACCGCCAGAUUACGUAGAGAUUCACAAAGUCAACAAGGAUGGAGGACUAUCAUUGUUCCCCAAACAGAGAGAAAACAACCAGACAGAGAAGCCCGGGGUUCCUGAAACCAGUAAGGAGUAUGCCAAGGUGUCUGGGAUCAUGGAUAACCAUAUCCUGGUGUUAGUGCCAGAUUCAUCAGCUCAGAACACAGCUUUGUUUGGGGAAUCAGCCAAGAAGGCACCUCCAUCGCUUGAACAAAACCAAUCUGAGAAAGAUCUGGCCAGUUUUGCUGCAGCCUCGAGCAACUGCAGACUCCAACUGGACUGGCUCUCCAAGCAAACACAAAGUGGAUCCACGCCUGGCCCUUCCUGGACGAUUCCAUAAACUGGACAAUGCAGGGAAAUUUGACUGCUGAAGCUGCAGAUCCAAAUAGGAACCCUCAAAAUGGGUUCCACCAUCAUCGUGAUCAAAUGCUGAGAACAAGACAGAAUUUUCCCAGUGCCAAAAAUCUAUACAGUCUCCAGGACGCCUGCCUAGUUAGACUCCAGAUGUGCUUGGUGACGAGAUCAGUGUUAAUUGUGUUUUCUGAGCAGCUCAUGUUUGCUUUCUUUUAGGCAGCCUCUGCCUUCUGCCAUCCAGCUUCACGUGGGUAUAUCUCUGCCUCUGUGUGUGUCUCUCUCUGUCUUUCUCUCUCUCUCUCUCUCUCUCUCUCUCUCUCUGUCUCUCUCUCUCUCUCUCUCUCUCUCUCUCUCUCUCUCUCUCACACACACACACACACACACACACAAACCAGUGUUGGGUUUUUUUUUUCCACUCUACAAGGCUUUAUCUGUUCACAGUUGAAACUCAAGUGUGUUUUCUGAAGCUUUAGCUUUCUCUCUCCUUAGCCCCUGCUCCCUGCAGCCACCACAGUGCCCCACGUGGCCACGGAAGCGGUCUUUCUCUCCAUCAGUCCUGCUCUAGAAAUCUUCUGUUUUAACAUCCUCUCUGGUAGCUGCUGAAACUUCAGUGCCUUCCUGCCCUCAGCCUCUUGAAGAGUACCUGCCAACUGCUCUUCAGUCACCCUGCUCUUGCACCAGAGAUGCAGGCGACCACAGGAAGUUAUUACCAGGAAGCUGUGUGUCUCCUACCCCUUCAUAAUUUUCUAGGCUCGGGUGUGCCUUAAGUGUGCUUGUCUGUCUGCUUAAGAAAACACAUUUUUACAAUCAUCAGAAUAAUCCCACCUUUAAAUUAAAAAAUAAGUCAUAAUCA